AUGUCCAGCGCAAAGGUUAUUCUGCUGAUCGGUGUUGUGAUGCUGUUUGGGCUUAGUGGGUCGGUAGCUCAGACUAGUUCUACGAAAGAUGGCUCGGCGGCGAAGGACAACGUUACCGAAAUGCCCACCGUUACGGAAAGUGAGCUUACUACGGAGCGGUUUAACGCCAGCCGUGUUCUAAACGCGAUCCGAUCAGAAAUCGAACGUCGCCGUACCGAACGGCGGGAGCGAACUCUCCAAAGAACUCAAGAGCGACGGGAGCAGAUCCUGCGAACGCUGGACAGCUUGAGCGAACGUCGUCGCGAAUUCGAGCUGCGACGUCAGGAAGCUGUGCAAGAUGCCGAAGCCCUCAAGGAGGCUCGUCGCCAGGAUAUGGAGGCACGACGAGUGGGAAGACUGCCCCAGCGUGAACGUGAGCGUGUCAACCGUGCUCGGCUGGACCAGCUGUCCGAACAGACCACACCGGAGGAGAACGAAAUUGAAGACACCAUCGAAGGGGUGGGAGGUAGUGAAGAAGGAUCGGAAGUGGUGCAGCGGGUCCGUAACCUGUUACUAAUCGAGGAAGCGGGCGGUAAUUUGCGAUUGAUCGAUUUAGACACCGAGGAAGGCCAACAGUAUGUGUUGAACGGUGGUGUUAAACGUGGACAGAGUGGGGAGAUUACUGAGAUGGAACAGGAGGCCGAAAGUGACGAAGGUGACAAGCAGAAGGAGGGUGAAGAUGAGGCGGGCAAGCUGAAACUCAAGACGGGUCAAAUUUAG